AUGGCUUGCCACAAAGUAGCAGCUGCUUCCUUUCAACUUGUUUCUCUUGUUAGUUUCCUUCUUUUCUUAAAUCCAUAUUCUUCUAUUUUCCUUGAAGCCACAACAAUAUUUGCCAACUCCAAUACUGUCGAUGAUGAGAGGUCCAAUGCAGCUUGCAUUGAGGAAGAGAGGAAGGCCCUCCUUGAAUUCAAGCAAGGUCUUCAAGAUCCUUUGCUUUCGCUUCAUUCUUGGGUUGGCAAAAACUGCUGCAACUGGCACGGCAUAGUCUGCAACAACCAAACAGGCAACAUCAUCGAUCUUCGUCUUCAGGAUGCACAAAUCUCUGGUACACUUUCAACGUCAAUUGGUAGUCUUUCGCAUUUGGAAACCUUGGACCUCUACAACAAUUCGUUCUCUGGUCCACUUCCAAUAUCAAUCGGAAAUCUUUCACAUUUGCAAACCUUGGAUCUUUCUCGCAAUUCAAUAUCUGGUCCACUUCCAACAUCGAUUGGACAUCUUUCAAAUUUGCAGACCUUGAACCUCUACAACAAUUUAUUCUCUGGUCCACUUCCGAUAUCAAUCGGAAAUCUUUCAAAUUUGCAGACCGUGGACCUUUCCGACAACUCAAUCUCUGGUCCACUUCCAAUAUCGAUUGGACAUCUUUCAAAUUUGCAGACCUUGAACCUUUCCUCAAACCCAAUCUCUGGUCCAUUUCCGAUAUCAAUCAGAAAUCUUUCGCAUUUGCAGGAGCUGCGCCUCUCAUGGACUGCAAUCUCAGGUCCACUUCCAACAUGGAUAGGAAAUCUGCCACAUUUACAGUUGCUGGACCUUAACGACAACUCAAAAAUGAAUGGAACUAUUCCAGAAAGCAUCGGACAACUUAGAGAGUUAAAGUACUUGUUUCUCGCGGGUUGUUCAUGGGAAGGCUUUAUAUCCGAAAAUCAUUUUCGGAACACUAGCAGAUUGGACUGGUUUAUGCUAUCCAGCGAGGCAUCUAACUCUUUGGUUUUCAACAUGUUGUGA